AAUAUGACCGAACGGAUAUAUAAACAGUAUAUCCUCGUGCUCCUUUAUCGGGGUUUGUGUUUUCUAGGGCGGCGCCUUUCAGAACUUUCCCACGGGCGAUUCUCGCAACCAUUUGCAAUCAUGGAAUGGAAGCCGAUGGAAAUAAACCCGGAGAUGCUGAAUAAGGUACUGAGUAAGUUGGGCGUGGGUUCAAGUUGGCGUUUUGUGGAUGUUUUGGGUCUGGAGGAUGAGUCUUUGUCAGGAGUGCCCUCGCCCUGCUGUGCCAUGAUGCUGCUCUUCCCUUUAACGCAACAGCACGAAGAAUUCCGUUCUAAACAGUCUGUUGACGACGGUCAAGGCGUAUAUUUUCUGAAACAAACCGUGGUCAACUCCUGUGGAACUGUGGGUUUGGUUCAUGCUGUGGCCAACAAUCAGGACCGUUUUGAUUUUGACAGUGACUCUGCAUUGAAGAAAUUUCUAGAAGCCACCUCGGGGAUGUCUGCAGCAGAUAGAGCUAAAGUACUUGAGAAAAAUAAGGCCAUCCAGAAGACUCAUGAUGAGGUUGCUGAAGCGGGGCAGUGCCGGCCAGUGGCAGACGAAGUCAACUUCCAUUUUAUUACCUUUGUCAAUGUAAAUGGUCAGCUUUAUGAACUGGAUGGCAGAAUGGAGGGACCUGUGAGUCAUGGACCCACAAAAGCAGAAAGCUUCGUCAUGGAUGCGGCAAGGGUGUGUCGUGAAUUUACAGAACGAGAGAAAGGGGAGGUGCGUUUCUCUGCUGUGGCUCUCUGCAAAGCCUGAGAGGAGCCAGACCAAAAAGCUGAACAAUGAGCAAUUCCACAAAACCCUUCUGUAACAGCUAUCCAGAGCACAGAAACCCCUUACCUCCCUUUGAUAUAUGCUACACAAACUGCUUGCCUGUUUGACUGAAUUUCUGUAAUUUCCAAUUAUUAUUUCUAAUGUCUAAUUUAAUGAAAGAUGUCUCAAUAUACAACUCAUACUGUCUGUAAACAACAGGAUUACUGUUUAUUUAUAGCUUUUGUUGUUGUCCCUCAUUAGUUAUUUUGAGUUGGGUAGGGAGGGCAACAUUUAACUGAAAUGUGAUGUGAACUUAUAGGAUGUGAGAGUGUGUGCAAAAUAAAGAAAAUAAGGAUGA